UUGCUGAUUUCUCAAUUUCAGUUAGAACGAUUUUUUUUUCGAUUAUUGAGAAAACAAUAUUUCAUUGAGUGUAACUUCGCAAGCAUAGAACGGAUUUUGCUUAUUAACGAACUGAACUGAGAUAUUUGGACACUGAACUUAUCAAGAAAAUUUCAAUUUUUAACAUAUUCCGUUCGAGAAUUAUCGUAUAUAGGUCGAACGGACAGAAUUGAUUUCAACCUCAAAUUCUUCAUCAUCGUCAUUAAUCGAACCCAAUCAUCAAAGACCAUUUUCAGCUCAAAAUUCGUGAAUUCUGGAACAAGCUUGCAAAAAUAAAAAAACAAAAAUAAGAAUUUGCCAAUCAUCAAAGACCAUUGUCGGUUCAAAAUUCGUGAUUUCAGGAACAAACUUUCAUAAAUAAAAUAAAAUAAUAAAAAUAAAAAUGUAGUAUUUCGCAGACUUGAACCUUGGACUGCACUGCGACCAAAUCGAUAGUGCAUCCAAGUGCACACACGAGUCAUCCUAUACCUACCACAAAAAGACGAACCACAAAGAAUAUCUUGCUCAAGUUCGAACAACAUAGCUACCUAUUACACAUUUCCGAAUCUCAAAAGUUAGUCAUUCACUUCAACCAUAAUUGCUACCGAUAUCUCAGUUUGUUGACGGUAAAGAACACGCCAUGAAGAAAAUUCAGUUACUUUUAUUUAUCACCUUGUUUUUUACCGAGGCCGUGAGUGCUAAAAGAAAGAACCCCCUCAGGAAAAGGUUGGAAAGUUACAGUGUUCCCAAAAUCAGUUACAGGUUCCAAAGGAACGAAUUUGACAUACCAGAUUUCUUUGAUCAAAAUUCCGUAUUUCUUAAUGGACCUGGUUUUGAUUUGACACCCACAUUUAGGAGUGGUGUGGCCAAUGUUAAUCCUUUGCAAGCAGUUUCUUGCGAAUCUUCUAACGUGAGCAGUGCACUGAAGGAGCUGAGCAAACGGGUCAAAUGUAUUCCAAGAGAUGGGAUUGUCAACUUGAAGGCACCUGAACGCUUUAUGGUAUCACCAAAUACAGUGAUGGUCAAGAAGUGCGGAGGUAUGUGCAACGGAGCAAGAAGCUGCAUUUCCAAAACUACUAGAGAUGCCACUUUUUUUGUGAGAGCUGUAAACUUACAAACCAAUGAGGUGCUGUGCAGCUCAAUUUUGGUGCCUGAAGAUACCUCUUGCUCCUGCGGCUGUGAGACUAAAAUGACCGACUGUUUACCCACUCAAAAAUACGACAAGAACAUGUGCGUCUGCAAAUGCAUCAACAUGCAAGAUUACCGAAACUGUGUCAAAAAGAGCAGUAUGAACUUCAGAUGGGAUGAAAAAACAUGUAGUUGCAUUUGCGCGGUGACAAAAAUAUGCACUACAGGAUCUCAUUGGAUACCCAGUGAGUGCAGAUGUGCCAAGCUGAAGGAUUAACGCCAAAUGAAGAUGACUCCUCAGUUUUCAUCCAUUGUGAUAAAAUAUUCCAUUGAUUACUCAAAAUACUAAUGUUCCUUACAUGAAUAAAUAAAUUUUGGAAAUUA